AUGCCAACAACUUGUGGAUUUCCUAAUUGUCGAUUUCGUUCACGCUAUCGUGGAGCUGAAGAUAAUCGACAUUUUUAUCGUGUACCAAAGAAACCUGCAAUAUUACGAAAGAAAUGGCUAGAAGCAAUAGGUAGAACUGAAGAAACAAUUGUUAGCCAGCUACGAGUAUGCAGUGGUCAUUUUUACGGUGGAGAAAAACAUGAGGGUGAUGUUCCGGUUGCUGAUCCAGCAGUUGAUGAACCAAUAAGAGUUGAACUACCUCCUAAAAUCUCACGUUUUCCAUCAACAGUGAAUAAAAGAAACUGUUGUGGUACUCGAGGUGGUGGUGGCGUUGGUCGAGGAAGAGGAUUGCAUCAUACCCAAGGAAUUAGAAAUAAGAUGUGUUUUUUAAAAUCAGGGAUGCUCAAUUACAUGACAAAACAUAAUAAUUGUUUAAAUAUGUUGGGAUCAUUUAAACCAAAGCACACAUUGGCAUCCAAUUCGACCCAAUCAUCUCCAAUUCUAAGAAACGACCAUAAAAUUCGGGCUAAUAAGCCAACUAAUAUCAUUAACAGUAAUAAUGAUUCUAAUAGUCCAUUGAUGUGGUUUAAUAAUUUAUAUUCCCCUCAUAUUUAUGAUUAUCUAAAAACAAUCUCACUAAAUACUUCUACAUCAUCAUUAUCUGAAUUGAAUACAAAUAAAAAAUAUUUAUAUGAUCCAAGAAAACAUUUCAAUUCAACUUCUAUUAAUAAAGAUCAGUCUGUUCUACAGAAUUAUUCAUAUCAAUCACCUCAACAAAUAAACUAUCCAAUAGAUAAAUCCACUUCAUUUACUCAUACUUCAAUAUGUCAUAGUCCUCUCACUUCAACAACUGUCUGUUUAACAAAUCUAAUUCAAAAUGAAAAUAGUAUAUUGAAAAAGUCUUGUAAUUCACCCUUCAAUAAUAAUAAUGAUAAUAUUAAUAAUAUAAAUAGUAUUGUUAACGAUCAUAAACCACAAUCUGCAUUCUCAUCAGUAACAAGUAUGUUUGAAAAUAAUAAUAAUAAUAAUAAUAUUAAUAUAAGUAAGGAUUUCAUUGAUAAUAGUGAUAAUCUAAUGAGAACUUCAUUACAUUCAAAUAAAGAACAAUCUUUAUUGAAUAUUCCUACGGAUACGACUAAAAAUCCUUUUAGUUCUACAAUAUCAAUACCAUUUACAUCAAAUUUAUCAACCGAUUAUUUUUUAUCAUUAACAUCAGUAAUCAAUAAUGUUUUAACAAAAAAAUUCACUGAUACUUAUACUAAUACAUCGAAAUUACAUAAUUACAAUCAAUAUGAUCAACAAGAUGAAUUAUAUAAUCAAAAUUAUUUAAAUAAUCAAUAUAAUUCAUUAUCGAAUUAUUCAUUAAAUAUAAUUCAUUCAAAUAAUUUAAUUAAUAAUAAUUCAAUAAAUGAAAUUAAAGAUUUAUCUAUUAAAUCGGAAUUUAUUAAAGAAUAUGAAAAUAGAAUGAAAUAUCCUAUAAAACCUAAUGAAUUCUAUUUAUUCAAUGAUUUUAAACAGAAUAAUCAUGAAAGAAUAGAAGAGAUAGUUAAAGAUAAUGAUUGUUUUAUUAAAUUGAAUAAUAAUAAUAAUAAUAAUAAUAAUAAUAAUAAUAAUGAAUCAGUAAAUGAUACUGUAUAUUGUAAUCGUUUACAGAUAAAAGAGGAAAGAUUAAAUCAAGUAGAAGAUAUUCCUUCAUUAAAUCGAAUAGUUCAAUAUGUGAUUUUUAUUGGUAUUGACGAGUUAACAAUUGAAAUGCCAAUUCUUCACGAUGUAAUUAAUCUAUUAUGUGUUCAGUAUUCAGAUUUAAAGAAUCUUCCUGAACAUAUUCGUCAAAAUGUUUCAGAUAUAGUUACUUAUCAGGAAAUGAUAUUAUCAGCUGAAUAUCUUCAAUAUUUUUCAGCUUUAAACAAUAUUUACAUUCCUGAAUGUUUAAAUUGUAUGAAUUGUUGGGAUGUAAUGAAAAAUCUUGGCAUAAAUUUACACAUUGUACCAUUGGAACUUGAUGUAAAUAAAUCAGCUGAUUUCAUUAUUGGUAUUAUCCUAUCCACACAUUAUGAUAUCAUGUCGAUUUAUGUGAAUGACAAAAAUCUACCUACUGUAAAACGACCAGCAUCAUCACCUUCACAAUCGAUAAUAAACCAAAUAGUGCAAAUUGACAAACCGCUAUAUAAUCAUACUAAUGAUAUUGUAUUCAAACAUACUACUACUACGACUACUACUAAUGAUCAAACAAUAGAGAAUAUUGUAUCAAACAAUCAAGGGACUCAUUUAAAUACUGAUCGAAAUAUUCAAAUCGGUAUUAUUGGUUUAGGUCCAGUCAGUUUAACUAUUAUACGUCAAUUAGAAAAAUUUAAUUAUAAUAUUCGUGUAUUUGAUAAAUAUUUACCUGAUGGAAUUGACACUGUGUUCAAUUUAAAUUAUACAAAUAAUCAUGAAGAAAUUAUUCAUGAAUCUGAUUGGAUUAUCUUUAUACAAGAAGCGAGUAUCCUAAAGGAUUUGAAAUUAUUUGGAAAAAGUGAUAUCUGUUCUCCGUUGACAGUGAAUGAAAUAUUUAAUGAGAAUAUAAAAGCUAAAAUGAAAAGUGGAUGUCAUAUAUUAUACAUUGAUCUGGUUGACGAUUAUCCACAUGAAGUAAUUACAUUGAAUACACUUGCUCACUCUGGAUAUGUAGCAGAUAUUUAUGUAUUAUUAAGGAAACCAUGUGAAAAGUUAACUAAUGAAUUCAAUAUUCAACAAUCAUCAAAUUUAAUUUGUUUAUAUAAUAAACUCAAUAAAUUACAAGUACAAUCAAAAGAAUUACGUAGAAGUAUGAGUCAAUUUGUUCGAAGAAAUUUGCUUAAAAAUUUGAUAUUUAUACCUAAAAUUAAUGAAAUAACUCAAACUGAUGUGUAUAAAUAUAAAACUGAACCACAAUUUAAAGUGACUUUGAAUAAUCAAAAAAUGAACACAUUGAAGAAAAGUACAAAUAUGCAUCAAAAAAUACCACUUCAUGGGAUAAAAAAGCAUCUAACAUUUGGUAUCAAUUCAUUAGUAGCUCCAAAAACUUUGAAAUAUUAUCCUACUCAUUGUGGAUAA